AUGUAUGAAAAUAAAAUAAUACCACUUCAAAAGGAUAGACGAAAAUACCUGCAGAGCUGUAUUGAAAAUAUGUCUAUAACCUUUGUGUUAUUUGGUACUAUAAAUAUUUUCUUUAAUUUAUUGAUAAAUCUUAUAAAUAUAGGAAGAAUAAAUUACGAUCAUUUUUUUAAAUUAUUUUAUUAUACCUCUGGGUUAUGGAUUAUAAUAAUUUUAGUACAAAUUACCAGUUAUUUAUUUUCUUCAGGAUUUUUUGAAAAUUUGGCUACUAUAUUUUUACAUGACAAUGAAAGGAAUAAAGGUGAUAUCUGGAAUAUUCAGAACAUUGGGAUGUUCUUAAUUAAUAUUAUAACUCUUGGGUGGUUGUCCAUUUUUUCCUUCUAUGGAAUAUUUUCAUAUAUAAUAAAUAGCUUCGAUUUGAUAAAUGGUUUUAUGAUUUCCACAACUAUUUUAAAUUUUUCAAUAAAUUUACUUUUCGUCCUUAACCAAUUUUUAUAUUUUUUGUUAAAAGUUCAUGAAAUUAGAAAUAUAGAAUUCAAUAAUUUCUUGAUACAUUUCUUACCUGGAUUUUCCAGAAUGUUAGAAUCCAUCGUUUUAUCAGUUAAAUCUAAAAUAAUGGACAAUUUAUUAAAUAAAGAUUAUGUAAAAGAGAAAAAUAAAAAACGAUUUAUGGACCAUAAUUCAUAUCCAUUCGAGAACUUGUUUUUAAUUAAUUAA